GGCAACUUUUCUCUCCUCACUUCACAUUUUCCUAUCCUUUGAGUAAUUUUUAAGAAAAACAUGUAGUUUGUUUUGUAAUUAUUUUGGAUCUAAAGAAUGUUUAUUUAAGUUAUUAAAGUAGUAUAUUUUUCAGUGCAUAAUGUAUUUGGGGUUUACUGAUUACCAUGCAAUAUCAUAAAAUAUGAACAUAUAAUUAAUAGCAAAUAAGUCAUACAUAAACUUUUCCUCAUAAUCAAUAUAUUUACUAGACAUUAACUAUGAUCUAGCCUGUCAUGUGCUUUUUGUUGCUCUUCAUUAUGUGACCAACUCCUUACAUUUUAAGUUUGUUUUUGAAGUAGGGUUAUCAUUCAAUACACAAUAGUUAUUACAUACAAUAAUGUUGUAAAAAAUAAUAAUAUAUAUAUUCUUAAUGAUAGAGGGUUAUCAGUUUUAGGAACUUGGUCUUGAUGCCAUUGUGUGCGUGCCCCAAAAGUCAAAUGAAUGAUUAAGGCUGAAAAAAAGCCAUUGAACAUCAGCAAACAUGGGAGACUGGGGUUUUCUUUCCACGUUACUGGACAAGGUGCAGUCCCACUCAACGGUCAUUGGGAAGAUAUGGAUGAGUGUCCUGUUCCUGUUCAGAAUCAUGGUUCUGGGUGCUGGAGCGGAGAGUGUGUGGGGCGAUGAACAAUCUGGUUUCAUAUGCAAUACGCAACAACCUGGUUGUGAAAAUGUCUGCUAUGACUGGAUCUUCCCCAUAUCACACAUCCGUUUCUGGGUCAUACAGAUCAUCUUCAUCUCCACUCCAACUCUUCUGUACCUGGGCCAUGCCAUGCAUAUCAUCAGCCAGGAGAACAAGCUAAGAGCCAUACUUCAGAGCCAGCAUGAUAAUGGCACGUUGAAGAAGCCCAAAUACACCAAUGAAGCAGGGAAGGUCAGAAUUAGGGGAGAUUUGUUGGGCAGUUACUUGACCCAGCUAUUCUUUAAGAUCAUUCUAGAGAUUGCUUUUAUUGUUGGCCAGUACUACCUGUAUGGGUUUGUCAUGGUCCCCAUGUUCCCUUGCUCCAGAUCUCCCUGCCCCUUUACUGUAGAAUGCUACAUGUCUCGUCCCACAGAGAAGACCAUAUUCAUCAUCUUCAUGCUGGUGGUGGCCUGUGUGUCUCUGGCUCUAAAUGUGAUUGAGGUUUUCUAUCUGCUUUGCACAAGAGUGAGAUGUGGCGGCUCUAAGGGGCGCACUAAUCACACUACCUCAGCAGCGAACCCCGCCGUCCUCCCCUCCCCUGGGUGGUCUGGUCACGUGGAUACUGAGAUGGACGCCCUGAGACAGAACAAGAUGAACCUGGAAUUUGAGAGUGGCCAGAGUUUAGGGGGUAGUCUGGAAGGAGCAAAGGAAGAGAAAAGGUUGCUAGGUGACCACUAAAACACUUGAAAGUUAAUUAGCCUUGAAUGUAUCUUGAUCUUUUGUAUUGUUGAAAAUCUGAAUGAAUACACUACCUGUUUUGUUUUCUUAUGUUUAUUGAUUUAAAUGCAGUGCACUAGUAGUUAGUGUAUUUUUUGUAUUUAUGUUGAAUGUGUACUGUUCAAUUGUGGACUACUACAAAAUGAAAAUGCUUGCACAGAUAUGUUAACCCUAAAUGUCAAUAAACCUUGAUAUGAUUUGUAUAUUGACUGAUGAAUGUUAACAACUGAGAUAUUGUCUAUCCUACAAUACAAUCUAGAUAGGCAGUGUUUAUUUUUUGAAAUGAUAAAUAAAACAUAUUGUAAAAAAUAAAAUAAAAAUAUUUUAAUGGUG